CCCUCCCUCCUCUCCUCCUCCUCCUGGUCAGCCCCCGCCCCCGCAGACCAACCCGCACGCCGGCCGGCCUCUCCCGCAGACGGGCCCGGGCUGCGGGGUGAGGGUCCCUGGGGGUGGGGGUGGGGGUGGGGGCACCGAGUGAUCCCAGGAUGGGCUUCAGGACGCGCGACCCGCAGCACCUGGUCCUCAAGGCUCUGCUUCUGUGCCUUGGCCCUGUUUCAGCGACCCUUCAGGACCACUACUGUGAGAGCCUGGCCCCUGUGGGCAACACCACUGGGCCCCAGUGCAACGCCUCCGUGGACCUCAUCGGGACAUGCUGGCCCCGGAGCCCGGCUGGGCAGCUUGUGUCUCGACCCUGCCCUGCCUACUUCUACGGAGUCCGCUACAACACCACAAAGGCGGAGGAGCAGACUGCAUUACCACGUGGCUGUCAGCAUCAACUACCUGGGCCAUUGCGUGUCUCUGGGGACCCUGCUGGUUGCCUUCGCCCUGUUCCUGAGGCUCAGGAGCAUCCGCUGCCUUCGCAACAUCAUCCACUGGAACCUGAUCUCGGCCUUCAUCCUUCGCAACGCCACCUGGUUCGUGGUGCAGCUGACCAUGAACCCUGCUGUCCACCACAGCAACGUGGCCUGGUGCCGCCUGGUCACUGCCAUCUACAACUACUUCCAUGUGACCAACUUCUUCUGGAUGUUUGGAGAGGGCUGCUACCUGCACACCGCCAUCGUGCUCACCUACUGUGCUGACCGCCUGCGCCGCUGGAUGUUCCUGUGCCUCGGCUGGUGCGUCCCUGUUCCCAUCAUUGUGGCCUGGGCCAUUGGGAAAUUGUACUAUGACAAUGAGAAGUGCUGGUUCGGGAAGCGGGCUGGCGUGUACACAGAUUAUAUCUACCAAGGGCCCAUGAUCCUCGUCCUGCUGAUCAACUUCAUCUUCCUGUUCAAUAUCGUCCGGAUCCUCAUGACCAAACUCCGAGCAUCCACUACAUCAGAGACCAUCCAGUACAGGAAAGCUGUGAAGGCCACCCUGGUGCUCCUGCCCCUCCUGGGUCUGACGUACAUGCUCUUCUUCGUCAACCCAGGGGAAGAUGAGAUUUCCCGUGUCACCUUCAUCUACUUCAAUUCCUUCCUGGAGUCCUUCCAGGGCUUCUUUGUCUCCGUCUUCUACUGCUUCCUCAACAGCGAGGUCCGCUCGGCUGUCCGGAAGAGGUGGCAUCGCUGGCAGGACAAACACUCAAUCCGUGUCAGGGUGGCCCGCGCCAUGUCCAUCCCCACCUCGCCCACCCGUGUUAGCUUCCACAGCAUCAAGCAGUCCACGGCUGUGUGAACCGGGAGAGGGGGCCGGGCGGCGGCUGGGGGGCGGUCCUCUACCCUCCAUAAGAUCCUGGGGGCUCAGCCCUGGGAUGACCUUGCCUGAAGCCUCCAGCGGGUGGGGGCAAAGACCUCAGCCCCCUCAGCCACUCCAGCCCCCUCCGCUGAGUGGCCAGCUGGCCACACUGGGGUCCUGUGUGACACUGGCUCUUGGGAGGGAUGUAGGGUUGUCUCAGUGGGAGGAGUGCUGCCCACCCACCCCAGGAUCCUGAGACCCUAUCACCCGCUGCCAGCAGGAGCAAGGAGAGCCAGGGCAUUGAACGGAGUCAGUGGGGAAGGCAGUGAUGGGCCCUGCGGGGAGGAGGAUGACUCUUCCCCCACCCUACGUCCCACACAAGCUAGGGGACACCUGGCCCCUCAGAGAGAUGUUGGGCCAGGGGUCCAGCAGUGCCUGAGCCAAGAGUGUCCAACCAACCAAAGAUGAUGGUAAUGUUACUGGAGGCCACCAUGACCUCAUCAGAAACCAUGGCAAUGUCACUGGGGACCGUGAUGUUAUCAGGGAACAAAUGAUGCCCAAAGGGGCCACAGUGAUGUCACUGGAGAUGGUGGCCGUGCUAUCAUCGGCCUGCUGAAAAUCCCUGGAAACCACAGCAGCUCAGGAACCAUGACGAUCCCAUCACCUUGGCGCCUUCUCCCCAUCAAGGUGGACCCCACCCACCAAGCCACCUCUACGUAUGGCACUCCCCCCCCCCAAGACCCAUCCUUCCUGGAAGCCCUGAGAUCCCUGAGUGCCUGAGACCAAGGACAGAGACCAGAGUCAACGCCAUCCUCACCAGGCUCCUCCGAAAAAUCCACUCUCGCACCCAAGCUGGUUCUCUGUGUUGGCCCUGAGAGGCUGCCCUGGGUGGGUUCCGUGCCCCCAGCUUGUGCCCAGGAAAGGGGCGACUCAGACUGGACUCAGCAUCACUUGACCCUCCAGCCUGCUCACUGGACUCACUGGGCAGAGGACUCGGCCAUGGAAGAAAAACACCAGGCUCCUGGCAGACUUGUGGCCUGCUGACCUCCUUGCCACCUCCCUGAGGGCAGCUGGCAUCUGGAAAGGGGGACAGAAGGGGUGGAGAACAGGGGAGCAGAAGGAUGGGGGCACAAAGAAGCCGGGGGCUGACACCUCACUGAAUCAUGCACAUGUUCCCAGGGUAUAUAAUAGGGGACCACCUCCAACCAGUAAAGCUGUCCAAAUCCCUCACAUACACCCUUGGUUUUCAGUCCUGCUUGUGCUGCUCCCGGGCAGAGGUGGCCCAAAGACCCCAGGGUCAGGGGUAGGGAGCAGCCUAUCUGUUGUCCUGCCCAGAUGAGGCUGGCAGCUGGCACUGCACCAUACAUUUGGUGGGAAUGGUGUGGCUGCUGGGCAUGGCAGGGGGAGAGGAGUGCUCUGCACAUAGUAAGCCCUCAAUAAAUACUAUUAAAUGAAGG